UAUGGCGGGUAACUUCCGGCAGCGUGUGUCCUGACCUAGGAGCUUCCGGUGAGCCCAGCGUGUUCUCUCUCUCAGGUUCUUGUUCCGGUGUUGGAGCUCACCUCAGAGACAUUUACAUUUACCCACGCGUGGAGCGGGAAACAAAUAUGAAAAAAGGAGACUCCAAACGGCCCCUGGAGCCGGAGACCCCUUUUGCUGAAGGGGAUGGAGUGCUGAGUGACGGGGACAGUGCUGACCUGAGUGACAGUGAAGAGAGCGUUUACUCCGGCCUGGAAAACUCUGCAAGCGAAAGCAGCGAUAAUGAGGAAAGCGAGAGUGCGGAGGAAGAAGACGAUACAGCAGGGGAGACCUCUACCCGCAAGGUCUCCCGGCCGCGGAGGUCUCUGAAGGCUCCUCUCUCCGACCCGGAUCCCGGACUGGCAUCGCAGGAUGAGCCGGCGGCGCGGAGUAACGAGUAUGACCAGGAUUCUUCUGAUGAGGAGGACAUUCGCAAUACGGUGGGCAACGUCCCGAUGGAGUGGUACCAGGACUUCCCGCACAUCGGCUACGACCUGGACGGCCGCAAGAUCUUCAAGCCCCUGAGGAGCAAAGACCAGCUGGAGGCUUUCCUCGACAAGAUGGAGAACCCCGAUUACUGGCGCACGAUCCACGAUAAGAAGACCGGUCAGGAUGUGAAGCUCACCGAUGAGCAGGUGGACCUGGUGGAGCGGCUGCAGCGGGGGCAGUUUGGGGACUUAAACUACGACCCCUACGAGCCGGCCGUGGAUUUCUUCACUCACGAGAAGAUGAUCCAUCCGGUCACCAACCGGCCGGCCGACAAGCGAAGCUUCAUACCGUCGCUCAUCGAGAAGGAGAAGGUCUCCAAGCUCGUCCACGCCAUAAAGAUGGGUUGGAUCCAGCCCCGGAAGCCCCGCGUGGAGACCCCCAGUUAUUACGACCUCUGGGCACAAGAGGAUCCCAAUGCCAUCCUAGGGCGACACAAGAUGCAUGUUCCGGCCCCCAAACUGCCCCUUCCGGGGCACGAGGAGUCGUACAACCCUCCCCCUGAGUAUCUGAUGACUGAAGAGGAGAGGCUGGCGUGGGAGCAGCAGGACCCGGAAGACAGGAAGUUGCCCUUCGUGCCCCAGCGGUACAAAUGCCUGCGCGCAGUGCCUGCGUUCCAGCGGUUCAUUCACGAGAGGUUUGAGCGCUGCCUGGAUCUGUAUCUGUGUCCCCGUCAGAGGAAGAUGAGAGUGAAUGUGGAUCCGGAGGAUCUGAUUCCUAAGUUGCCCAAACCGCGCGACCUGCAGCCGUUCCCCACCUUCCAGUCUCUGGUUUAUCGCGGUCACACAGACAUCGUGCGCACGAUCAGCGCGUCCCCCUCCGGCCAGUGGCUCGUGUCAGGUUCUGACGACUGCUCGGUGCGGUUCUGGGAGGUGAGUUCUGGCCGCUGUAUGAAGACCGUGCCUUUGGAUGGCGCCGUGAAAAGCGUCAGCUGGAACCCAAACCCGGCGCUGGUUCUGGUGGCCGUGUGCAUAGAGAAGUCCGUCAUCCUGCUGAACCCUGGGUUGGGAGACCGACUUCUCUGCAGCGCCACGGAUCAGCACCUGAGCUCCUUCGAGCCGCCGGAAGAGGAGCGGCAGCAGCCGGUGAAAUGGGAAGAGGCGGAAGGCGCUCAGCACGAGCAGGGUGUGCGCCUAUUUAUCCGCCACGAAAAGGCGGUGAAGCAGGUCACGUGGCACGCCCGAGGAGACUACUUCGCUGUGGUUCUCCCGGAUAACGGGAACUCGCAGGUUCUCAUCCAUCAGCUGAGCCGGCGUCGGAGCCAGAACCCGUUCCGUAAAAACAAAGGCCAGGUCCAGCACGUGCUUUUCCACCCCACCCGGCCCUUCUUCUUCGUGGCCACCCAGCGAUACGUCCGCGUCUACAACCUCUUAAAGCAGGAACUGGCCAAGAAACUACUUUGCAACUGCAAGUGGGUGUCCAGCAUCGCGGUGCAUCCUGCCGGUGAUAAUCUGAUCUGCGGAAGUUAUGACUCCAAGUUGGCUUGGUUUGACAUGGACCUGUCCACGAAACCGUACAAAGUGCUCAGGCAUCACAAGAAAGCACUCCGAGCCGUGGCCUUCCACAGGCAGUACCCGCUGUUUGCGUCCGGCUCAGAUGAUGGGAGUAUCAUCGUGUGCCACGGCAUGGUCUACAACGAUCUCCUGCAGAACCCGCUCAUCGUGCCGGUGAAGGUUCUCCGAGGACACGAGAUCACGCGGGAUCUCGGUGUUUUGGAUGUGAUCUUUCACCCUACCCAGCCCUGGGUCUUCUCAUCCGGAGCAGAUUCCACAAUCCGGCUGUACACGUAAUGCCACGGAUCUCACAUUUCAGAUGUACCGGCGACGCCACGGAUCCCGCCGCUCACAGAUAUCCCGACGCCACGGAUCCCGCAGUUUGGUGAUCAGAUUGGAGAUCGGCACUGCCUGCCCCUGCGGUGCUGACAGGGUUAACCAGGGACUUGUCAUACUCCGUCACGCUGUUACUUGUUACAUCGGUGUAGAUUUUUAAUAAAAUGCAAAGUGCCUUUUG